GGGGAGGACACGCUCACCCAAGAAGAAAAGUGAAAGGUUCCUCUUAGACUUUAUGGAAUAGUGAAUGUGAUUAUCUUCAUUAAUAGUUCAUACUUCACAUUAGUUUGAUGAAUCCAAAACAUAGUCUACAACUACCAAUUUCCCCAAUUACACACACAUUUCUCAAUAGUCUUGGAUUCUCAAUUCUCAUCCUUUUGCCAUACUUUCAUUUCAACCCAUAAGCAUAAUUUUUUUAAUAUUAUCAUUCAUUUAUCAAAUUUUUAUUUUAUUAAAUAAAAAACUCAUCCCCAUUUUCUCUCUCCAGCCUCCACCCUACCUUUUCCUAGAAACCCCCUCUUUCUCUCUCUAAACUGACCGGAAAAUUCACCCUUUUGCCUGGAAUUUUCCGGCAAUUGUACUGGAAAUGGUGUCUCAAGAAAACUCAAAUUGGGUUUUUGAUUUUAAUUAUAAUAUUGAUGAACUUCAGAUCCCUAAUCCUGAUACCAAUUUCUCUGCUCCUAGUUUUGCCUUCAAUAAUUGCCACUUGCAACCUCCUUUGACCCUUCCAUUUAAUGUUAGUGCGGAAAUAGAAGGAAAUUAUGGCGAUUCAGAGGGCCCUAGAGAGAACAACUCGAAAAAGAGGGGACGAUCUGAAUCAUGUGGUCCAUCUAGCUCGAAAGCUUGCAGGGAGAAGGCACGUAGGGAUCGCCUUAAUGAUAAGUUCAUGGAAUUAGGCUCGAUAUUGGAACCUGGUAGAACUCCCAAGACUGACAAGGCAGCCAUUUUGAGUGAUGCCGUUCGAAUGGUGACCCAACUAAGGAGUGAAGCCCAAAAGCUGAAGGACUCUAAUUCGAGUUUACAGGAGAAGAUCAAAGAAUUGAAGACUGAGAAGAACGAGCUCCGAGAUGAGAAGCAGAGGCUGAAGGCUGAGAAGGAAAAGCUAGAGCAACAGCUGAAGACCGUGAAUACUCAACCAGGAUUCAUGCCAGCUCCGACUCCUAUCCCAGCUACUUUUGCUCCACCGACACAAGCACCGGGAGGCAAGCUGGUGCCGUUCAUGGGAUACCCUGGAGUCGCUAUGUGGCAGUUCAUGCCUCCAGCAUCAGUCGAUACAUCGCAAGAUCAUGUGCUCCGCCCACCAGUGGCUUAACUGGUUAUGUCAUUAGUCCGUUCUUCAAGAUUACGGUUACACCUUCACGCUUUUUCCUCCUUCUCUUUUCAUUUUAGUAAGUCAAUUGUCAAUUUGCCAUUUGACUGUGCACUACUUUUUGUGCUGAAGUCUGCUAACAAAUUACAUUUGAUGGGAUGUGGAAUGUGUAUGUUAAUAGUGGAACUUCAAUGAAAAUGUCGCGGUUCAAAAAAAGGUAACUGUAAAAAUAUCUGAAUUAGUUUCUUUCUAUCCCCCGUUUAAGCCAUCAUGUAAAUCGUUCCUCUGGCUCUCGAUUGACCACUAGUUUUAGGUAUUACCUAGACCUCAUUUGUUAGGAUGUAAGCGGCCGUAUGAACUUUUACGGUUGCUGGAAGAACAAGGAAAUUCAAUGUCUUGCUGAGUUGCUUUCAUGGAAAUUUAAGUUUUGUUUUGUACUUCUUACCAUUGUUUGGUAAUAUGUCAGGCUAUGUGAUUUAUUAAGUUUAAAUAGCUUGGUAUAUUCGGCUUUGGGAAGCUUGACGCAAAGCAUGCAAACUCAAACCGAGUUUGAGUUGGCGUUGCAGGAUCAAUAUGGGUCCUUAUAGUACCCUAUUCGUUUGGAUUCUACAAACAAGCUCUCUAAAUCUAUUUUCUUUACUUACAUGAUUUGUUUUGACCAACAUUAGUUAGUUGAGUACAAAAUACAUCUUUGAUCAUAGCUUUUAUGAGCAGAACGCACUAAAUAUGAUGAUUAUGAUGACAGGAAAAAAAUGUGCAACAUUUUUGCUCCUUUUAUUAUGAAUUUUGAUCUUAGUGGAAUAUGAGGAAAGUUUAGAGCUUUUUCAGGACCUGAAAACUGAGAUGGAAAAUGGAGAUAGUGGUGGUACGUUUAAGUUUAGUUAAAAAGAAAGUGUUGUGAUUUGAUUCAAGUUCCAUUAUUGGAUUUGGAGGACAUGACUACUUCGUGUUUCAUUCAAUUUGCAUUAUUUGUCAUUUUGAUUCGUUUAACUUAUUUUGUAUCAUUUCUAUUUUUAGACAAAUGUUUUACCACUUUUUUUUAAUCUCAUUUAUAUAUUUUAACUUUCUUUUAUUUUCAUCCAUAUAAUUCAUUUUCUCUCUUUCUUUAUUAUUAUUAUCUAUUUUUUCUUAAAAAACUUUAAAUUUCUUUUUGUUUCAAUUCUACGGGACAAUAAGAGGAAAUAUGUUGAUAUUUACAUCCAAUCAAAGCCAAUCACGCGUAUGCGCAUACAACUUAGAAGUGGAAGCUCCUUUGGUCUAACUUGGACUGCUUUCAACAAAUGUGUUAAUAAGAAACGUGAUUUUAUUUGCUUUUUUUUUUCAACAAAUUUACUAUAUAUUAUUAUGUUUGAUUGGGAGAAUAAGACAAAUUUUAAUUUGAAUGGAUGACAUUACAAAGAAUAAAAUGUGUUUAAGGUGUUAAUGAUGUUAGUCUUGUAAGUCUUUUAUGCAGUCUUAAUGAGUAAAAUUCAUUGCAAGAUCUUGUAGAGGGGCAAGUUUUUAAAACGUUUGCAAGAUUUUUGAUAAAUAUAGUAGUUUGAAGAGAGUUUAGGGAUAAAGUAUAAAAGAUGAAAAUGAGUUUUGUAUCAGUCUUCAUCUUAUCUUAAUAUUAAAGAAGUAUAUAAAAAGUUAAUAAAAAUCUGAUGUGAUAGAGUUGUAAGAUUGAGGCUUAAUUUCAAGAUAUUCACAUCAUAAUGAGCAAGUGUUCAUUCAAAGUAGGAUAUGGCCUUGGUAGAACUAUUGGGUAAAUUCAAUAUAUUCAGCAAGUCUUGUAUGAGACCGUCUCACCUUGAGACGAGCCCAUAUAAGCAACCCAUUAGUAUAAAAACAAUGAAAUUUGAAUUAUAUAGGGCAAUAGUUUUUUUUAAAGCAUUUGUGAUGAUCCAAUUGAGGUCGUUUUAUGGUGAGACGGUCUCAAUAAAGAAUUAGUGCAAUAUAUUUGUCCCAUGAAACAAAGAUGUCAAAUGUGAGGUUGAAAGUUUUCCACCUUAUCCCCUUAUCAAAAUCUCUUGAUUUCUUAUCAUCAAAAAGAAAAAUAUUGGAUCUCUUGUCAUCCUUCCUUGCUAGCAUUCUUAAUACUACAUUCAAUCAAAAACCUUUCCAUGGCUUCCCAUCUUCUCAAACUCCAUAUCCAAACCACAAAGCUUCAUUAUCCACCUCACCCAUGUCCUCUCUCCAAAUUCCCAUCUCACUCUCUUCCUUCCUUUACAAAUCACCCACUUCAUUCUUCCUUCACAACUUUCUUGCCUAAAAAACUUCUACACAUACCAAAACACAAAUUUAUGCUUGUUCAAUCUUCCCUUCCUAGCUCUUUCCCUUCACCUCCAACUUCCAAAGAAGGUGCAAUUUUCCAAGCCAAAACUAGCCUUUCGGCCGCCUUACAAAAGCCACUGAACAAUCCUAAACUUGCAGGAAAGAUGAAGAAACAAAAACAACCAAGAUUUCGAGUCGAAAUACCAUUAAUUGAUGAUUCCCCUGAAUCCCUUGCUCAACUUGCUUUAGAAGUUUUUAGUGAUCUUCAAAUCAAGAGAAAAGGUUCCUCCAUUAAAAUGUUGCUUAUUUGGCCUAAUCCCACUUCAUUGGAUAUGGGGAUUAAAGCCUUUAAAGCUCUUCCAUUUGGUUUAGUUGAACAUAUUGAGCUAACUACUGCCAUGACAGUUGAUAACAGAGUUAUAAACUCAGCUGACGUGGCUGUCUUUUUGGCGCCAAAUUCUUCACAGUUGACAGUUAUGAAAUCAGUUAGUGACAGUUUGUAUCCAAGCCCUUUGGUUUUGUUCAACCCCAAAUGGGCAUUUGACGAAGAGGGUAGUUUCGGUUAUUCGAGUGGCGUUGCAGGCUCGUUUGAUGUAAUUUAUGCAUUCUUAGGAUUGGAAGUUAGAGGGAUUUUGAGCAAGAGAAAAGGAGUUGUUUUUAAGUAUGUUAGGGAUGGUAUUGUUAGUGGAGAGCAAUGGAAUGUACUUGUAGAAGAAGAAGGGAAUGCAAAUCAAUUUAAGGUUGUUUCGAGAUUCAAGACUCGACCUUCAAUUACCGAAGUCGAAAAUGUUCUGUAUAAUCUAAUGGCAGUUAAUUCCCCCAUCACUAAAUCAGCUAAAUUUUUGAAGGACUUAGUUUCCAAUGUAACAGGAAGAAAAGAAAGUUAAUUGAGCAAUUACUAUGAAUUUGACUGAAUUUAUCUAUGAUU